AUUCCGAAUUUAGUAAUCACCUUCUCGUCGCCCACCACGAUGUCGAGUCCAGCGGUAUCCCUGUAUCUCGACCCGCAGAUUCGUGAUUGGGUGCUUUUCCCAAUCACUCUGGUUAUGAUCUUGGUCGGAAUACUAAGGCACUAUGUUGUUCUGCUUCUCCAGUCACCGCCAAAAAAGCUCGCUCGAGCCGCUAUCCGUGAACAACGCGCUUUGAUUCGUUCUCAAAUCCUUCGCGCGACUUCCGCUAACUCUCCUAUACCCCCUUCAUACUACCGCUCGAUAUCCAGUCGCCUUGCAGCAGCGUUUGAGGCUGGAACGUAUCUCAAAGAUGGUCCUUCAGAAGGCGACGCACCUUCCACACCUGCAAAUCCUAUGACGGAUCCUGCUGCAAUGGAUGGGAUGAUGGCGGGGAUGAAAACCCAGAUGGUGAUGAUGGUCCCCCAAAUGGUCAUCAUGGGCUGGAUCAAUUUCUUCUUUCAAGGCUUUGUGCUCAUAAAACUGCCCUUUCCUCUUACCCUCGGAUUCAAAUCCAUGCUCCAGCGAGGAAUAGAAACUCCCGACAUGGAUGUUAGAUGGGUAUCCUCGUUAUCCUGGUAUUUUCUCAACUUCUUCGGAUUGAACGGGCUAUAUCGCCUGAUUCUUGGUAAUGAUAAUUCCGCCGCGGAUACUUCACAAACAAUGAUGGCAUCUCCAUUUGCUGCGGGGGCAAAUCAACCUGGUCAACCGCAAGACUAUGUCAAGUUAUUCAAGGCCGAAAAAGACAACCUUGCGUUUGCUGAGGGCCUUUACUCAUGGAUGGGAGAUGAUGUAGAAACAAGACUGCUUCGCAAACACGGUAAACUGUGACGUUGUG